AGGAGUAAGAUUUCUAAAGGAGCCGAACCUGAAACUCUGGCUAGAGGUUGCUGUAGCUGCUGCGGUGACUGGAGACUGCUACUGCAGCGAGACGGGUUGUUGCAGUGUUUUGAUAGAGAGCCUCCCAAACACUGAAGUAACCCUUGCAAUGCAAGUAUCAACUUCUUCAUUUAUGUGUACAUCUCUGGAAAGUAUACUGCCAAGUGAGAAACCUGGAUCUGAACCUGAAGAAGCAAAACUACAGAAUGCCAGCAAGCAGAUUGUCCAAAAUGCCAUCCUUCGAGCUGUACAGCAAGUCUCCCAGGAGAGCCAAGAAAAGGAAGAAUGUACUACAACCAGCAGGAGCAGGCUGCAGUUAGGGGUGGGGAAACUCACCAAGAAGCAUGAAAAGAAAUAGCCAACCUACUCUGGUCUUCCUCUUAGUACUGAACUGUUUCCAACCUUCCUCUUAGAAUCCAAUGUGUUCCACUGCAACAUUACCAACAAAGCCAACCAAAGCGCAAUUAGUACCUAGAGGUAGUGUGAUGCCACAGUAGCUGACCAAUAUUGCUUUCAAAAGCAUUAGGUGACCAAGUCUAUAUUUUGGCAGUGCCUCUUAAACAUAUCAGAGAAAGAAAAGUGACAUUCAAAUUGCAGGUGUAGUUUGAAGCACUACUUCUUGGGGCUUAAUAUUCUAGCUGUUUUUCCCCCACUCUUGCCUUUCUGCUUCUGUAUGGAAGUGAGUCUGAUUGACCAACUGUGAAGUCCCUGAAUAUCUUCCUUACUGUCUUAACAUCUUCCAGAAACAAAACAAAACGAACAAAAUGUUGGUAUCAUUUCAUGAUACUUUGAAAUACAAAAGAAGAAGCUCUCAUUAGGUAGAGUUAAAAUGCUACUAAGGCUAAUUGAAAGCAAAAUGCUAGGACAGCAACCAUUUGUAGAUCCUUCCAAUUCUAAAGCAUGGAUAGGGUAAAAGUGUAUUUAAAAUCAUUUAUUUUUAAAAAGAGAGAGCUGAGAUUUCCCAAGAGCAAGUCUUCAUCAUUUUUUUCUGAUUCACAGGGUAGUGGUGGAUGAUAUUUAUCCUCUUCUAUGCAGAAAUCCUUUGGGGACACCAAGGAUUCCUUUUAUCAUCUCAAAGUCUUGAAAUAAGUCAGGACCUCUGGGUAUGGAGUGGUUACUUUUCCUUUAAUGUCAUCAUGAACAUCAGGCAAAAUUCCUGGAUUCCAGAGAUGAAGUUCACCCACAUUGUAGGCAGUUCUCUUUGGGACUGACCAUUGGUCCAUAUGUUGUUGAAAUCCCAAAUUAUAUGUCUUCAUGAAUAACCUUUAUUCAUUUUGAGAAAGAUUAUUCCACCUACAAGCCAGCUAUUACUUUUUUCUUUAAUGUAUCAUAAAAACUACACAGAAAAAUUUCCCCUUCUUAACCUCAUUUCAUUUUUUUCAGUACUUUGAAGCUUGAAUACAUAAUAGUAAAGGCAGCCUUUGUGAUUGGGUAAACUAAAGUAUCUGUGUUUAUGAAAUAAUUUAUCUUUUAAACCUUGACUCAUAGUCAAGAAAGCCACUUCAGAUAUAGCAAGCCUUUUCAUAAUCCUUAUGGCUUUUCCAUUUUAGAAAUUUUAAGAUGCCAACUAUAAACCUUUCUGUCACUAACAUUCUAUGAUUGGGCAAAGAGAUGAGAUCUGAAGGGGAGAGAAAAGCUACUUGACCUUUGCUACAACUUCUUUACCCUAUUGCCUGGCCUCUUAAUAGCAAUGCUUAUGCUUGAUAAAAUAGAGCAGAGGAUUAGCAGAGGAAUAUGGUGACUGAUAUUAAAAUUUUGAUUCCAGAAUCCCAAUAUGUUAUACUUUCUGUGACGGAUGGGAUAGAUAUUAGGAGAAGAAUGAAGGCAAUCUCUUCUCCCCUCUGUUAGAUGGUCUCCCACGGUGCACAGAUGGAAUAAAGUCACAGGGGAAGGGAUUAAUUUAAAUGCAGUUUGCAACCCAAAGAUCCACAAAAUUUUAUAGCAGAAUGGGUGAUAGUCAAAGUUUAAAAAUAUCUAAAGGAAGAUGUGUAUGCUGUGAGACUAUAUUGCAUAGUAGAAAUGAAAGUAUUUAGGGGAAGUACACAUAAAUAAAUUCGAGUGCUUGUAUCCUGCAAAUAAGUGGGUAUAAUUUAUUUCUCUGAGAGCAUUUCCAUGUUCACUGUUCAUGUCUGUCUUAUGAUUAUUAGGAAUGAGUCCAGCCACUUCUUCUGUUUGAUAUAUACCUUUGUUCGUGUUUCCAAGGCAAUUGGGAACAUUUCUAUGGCUUAACAUGACAGUACUCAAACCUCUGUAUCUAAAUGUUAUUUGUAAUUAAAUACUUUGUCCACAUUGAAAACAUAUUGUCUGUAUUUUAAGGAAUGUCAUCACUAUGAUCUGGGGGAUCAUUUUAUAUCUGCAUUUUGUACUGCAACACAAAGCAUCAUGAAUUUCCAAAUGGAUGCCUAUGCAGGAGAAAUCAGGGCAAUCCAAAUGGGUAAGAAUAUGUGCUAAGAAGUUGUUUUAUCCUCUUCCAACA